UGGCCGGAGGGCAAGUGACGCAGCUGCCGGGAAGAUGGCGACGGUGGCGACUGUGCCGUCGUCAACCACUGCCACAUCGACGGCUGCCGCUGUCGGAGAGGUGGAGGAUGAAGGGCUCCUGGCGUCGCUGUUCCGGGACCGCUUCCCCGAGGCCCAGUGGCGGGAGCGGCCGGACGUGGGCCGCUACCUGCGGGAGUUGAGCGGCUCGGGGCUGGAGCGGCUGCGGCGCGAGCCUGAGCGCCUGGCGGAGGAGCGGGCGCAGCUGCUGCAGCAGACGCGCGACCUGGCCUUCGCCAACUACAAGACCUUCAUCCGCGGCGCCGAGUGCACGGAGCGCAUCCACCGCCUCUUUGGCGACGUGGAGGCGUCGCUCGGCCGCCUGCUCGACCGCCUGCCCAGCUUCCAGCAGAGCUGCAGGAACUUCCUGAAGGAGGCCGAGGAGAUCGGCUGCAGCCGGCGGAUGAACACGCUGACGCUGAACCGGCACACGGAGAUCCUGGAGAUCCUGGAGAUCCCGCAGCUCAUGGACACCUGCGUGCGGAACAGCUACUACGAGGAGGCCCUGGAGCUCGCCGCCUACGUGCGCCGCCUGGAGAGGAAGUACUCCUCCAUCCCUGUCAUCCAGGGCAUCGUGAGCGAGGUGCGGCAGUCCAUGCAGUUGAUGCUGAGCCAGCUCAUCCAGCAGCUGAGGACCGGCGUCCAGCUGCCCGCCUGCCUCCGAGUCAUCGGCUACCUGCGGCGCAUGGACAUCUUCACCGAGGCUGAGCUGAGGGUGAAGUUUCUCCAGGCACGAGAGGCCUGGCUCCACGCCAUCCUCACCGCCAUCCCUACUGACGAUCCCUAUUUCCAUAUCACAAAAACCAUCGAGGCCUGCCGCGUCCAUCUGUUCGAUGUCAUCACUCAGUACCGCGCCAUCUUCUCGGACGAGGACCCGCUGCUGCCCCCCGCGGCGGGGGAGCACACGGUGAACGAGAGCGCCAUCUUCCACGGCUGGGUGCUGCAGAAGGUCUCGCAGUUCCUGCAGGUGCUGGAGACGGACCUUGACCGGGGCAUCGGCGGCCGCCUGGACUCUCUGCUGGGCCAGUGCAUGUACUUUGGGCUGUCCUUCAGCCGGGUGGGGGCUGAUUUCCGGGGCCAGUUGGCUCCUGUGUUCCAGCGGGUGGCCAUGAGCACCUUCCAGAAAGCAGUUCAGGAAGCAGUAGAGAAAUUCCAGGAUGAAAUGAAUUCCUACACCCUCGUCUUGGCUCCAGCCAUCCUGGGCAGCAGUAAGCUGCCUGCCGCCGUGCCAGCCGCUCAGCCGGGGACGCUGCAGCCGCCGAUGGCGCUCCUGGACUUCCCUCCGCUCGCGUGUUUCCUCAACAGCAUUCUGGUUGCCUUCAAUGACCUGCGCCUCUGCUGCCCUGUGGCCCUGGCGCAGGAGGUGACCCGGGCCCUGGAGGAUGCCCUUGUCCAGGUCACCAAGACGAUCCUGGCCUUCCACCGCGCCGAGGAGGCCGCCUUCAGCAGCGGCGAGCGCGAGCUCUUCGUCCAGUUCUGCACUGCCUUCCUGGAGGACCUGGUUCCCUACCUCAAUCGCUGCCUCCAGGUCCUCUUCCCGCCGGCCCAGCUGGCGCAGACGUUAGGCAUUCCACCCACUCAGCUCUCCAGGUACGGGGACCUUGGGCACGUGGACGUCGGCGCCAUCCAGGAGCCCCUGGCCUUCAUCCUGCCCAAGAGAGAGAUGGUCUUCUCCCUGGACGGAAAGGAGGCGGCGGCCGAGCCCGGCCCCUCGGCGCCCCCCGAGGGCGGCCGGGAGGAGGCGCGGCUGGACCCGAGAGGUGAGCAGGUGGUGUGGCCGGCGAGCGGGUGGACGGCCCGCAUCAUUCAGCACGAGAUGGACCACCUGCAGGGCUGCCUGUUCAUUGACAAGAUGGACAGCAGGACGUUCACAAACGUCCACUGGAUGGAGGUAAAUGACUGAAGCUUUCCUGCCCGGCUCGGGGGCCUGAACACCAAGACACAGACUGGGAGCUGGACACAGGGUACCUGGCUUCACCUUGGCGUUGCCCGGAAUCCCAGAAGACAGUGGACUGCCAGAGCGAGCCACCCUGAGGUGGAGGAGGACGUUAGAAACGUUUGCCCAGAAAUCACCUGUGGACAAAACACUGCCUACAACUUGGGAAGCAUCGCACCCCCCCCCCAUCCCGCCCCAGGAGUGGGCAUUCCUGAGGAUUUUGUAUGGAGAGAAGGGUGACAAGUAAAUAGCCCCUCAGAAGUGGUCUCGUAAGGUUUGUAUAAUCCGCUCCCAAAGCCAAGAUCUGAUAAUAACGUCGUCCCCAAAUUCCUGAAAGCUGUUUUGAAAACAUGGAGUUGAUCGUCUGCACGGUGCUCUUUUUACAAAGGGCUGUGUGUGUGCCCUCGGCACGCUUGCCUGUGGACGUGAAACCCAGGCAGAGGGGUCCCAGCUCAAGGAGGUGUUAAGGGCAGCAUUUAUGGAAGUAGGUACCCACGCACCUGAACAGUUCUGCAGAGUUAGGUCUUCACUUCCACAAGCUUGGGGAAGACUGUGCUUCCAGUACCCACGCACCUGAACAGUUCUGCAGUUUAGGUCUUUACUUCCACAGGCUUGGGGAAGACUGUGCUUCCAGUACCCACACACCUGAACAGGUUCUGUAGAGUUAGGUCUUCACUUCCCCAGACUUGGGGAGGACUGUGCUUCCAGUACCCACGCACCUGAACAGUUCUGCAGUUUAGGUCUUUACUUCCACAGGCUUGGGGAAGACUGUGCUUCCAGUACCCACGCACCUGAACAGUUCUGCAGUUUAGGUCUUCCACAGACUUGGGGAGGACUGUGCUUCCAGUACCCACGCACGUGAACAGGUUCUGCAGAGUUAGGUCUUCACUUCCACAGACUUGGGGAGGACUGUGCAUCCAGUACCCACGCACCUGAACAGGUUCUGCAGGUUAGGUCUUCACUUCCAGACUCGGGGAGGACUGUGCGUCUAGCGUCUUGGGCAGCUGCUGCCUGGCUCGGUCUUUGGGUGCAGGCCGUGGGGCAGGGCUGAGGGAGGCUGCUCCCUGGGAGGGACCCGUGAGCCCCUUCCUGCAGUCAGGACAGACCCAGAAAGCAGGACUGGAGCUUCCUUCCCGAUCACUCUGCCCAGUGUAGCUUAGGGAAAACGUCAGAACUUGAUCAGAGGUGCAGCAGGUCCAGGCUUCUGGGCGAUCGCUCCUUUACGUUGAGUAUUGUGAAGCAGGUGCUUCUGCCCCACGGUCUUGAAAAUCAAAGCAAACUGGCAGGAGGAAGUCCAGUAAGUUGUUUAGAAAAAAAGGGGUUUUAAACAGCCAUUCAUUAAGUCCCUAGGAAAGACCCACCGUCCCCCGGCUUUCUCUGGGGAGCACCCCCCAUCCCCACUGAGGGCAGCCACCCCUGGCAGGCACAGGCAUCUGAGCACGCCCCGCCCUGAGGUCAGACCUAGCUUCUGGGAAAGUCUAGAAAGCCCUCCUGUCUACUGGAAACUCACUUUCUGAAAGUGAGAAUGCAGUGGCUUCCCCUCACGGGGACAGCCUGACACGCUGGCGCCUCCUGUCUUCACGACGCCCUUGGGUCACAGGGCAGUAGCAGUGACUCCUUGCGUUCCAGUAAAGAAGUCGUCCACCUCAAGAGCCAUCAGCCACAGGUUAGCCACUGUGAGUGGUGGUUCCUGUCGCUGAUGAGGGCACAGAAAGGCAGGUGUUUGACAGCUGUGACCCAAGCCGCCCUACAGACCCCGUUCACCCCCAUGGCUCGUCAGGGUGUUUAGGCAGCAGAAAUGAGGAAGCAGGUGAAAAAAAGGAACGAGGGCCUCCCGACACGAGUAAAUGCAGUAGUCUGGAAAGUCCUGCCUAGCUCACUGGAGCUGCAGGGGGCGGUUUCCUGCCCUGACUUGUGUUCCAGCCUUCACAAGCUGAGGCUGGGGGACUGGGGGAUGGGGGCAGAUAACCAGCGACAUAGGAACUCCCAAGUGACAAAGAGCCCAGGCACACUGCGGCAUAAAUGUCCCGUGGAGGGGGCUGGUGCUGUGUAGUGGAUAAAGCCACCACCUGCAUGCCAGCAUCCCAUAUGGGCACCGGUUCAAGUCCCUGCUGCUCCACUUCUGACCCAGCUCCCUGCUAACGACCUGGGAAAGCAGCAGAGGAUGGCCCAAGUGCUUGGGCCCCUGUGCCCAUGUGGGAGACCGGGGAGAAACUCCUGGCUUCAAAUCAACCCAGCUCUGGCCAUUGCAGCCAUUUGGGGGUGAACCAGUGGGUGAAGGAAGCCCUCUAACUCUGCCUUUCAA